GAAUAUUGAAGUUGACUUAUCUAAUAUUAAUGCAUUGACUCCUGACCAAAAACGAAAUCUUCUUUUCAAUAUUAAUCAGCUACUUGAGUUGUUGAUGCAAGAAUUUGAUGACAAAUGGUGGCCACUUGUAUCAAAUGUUUGGACUAGAUUCAAUCUCAAAAAACGAGUUAAUA